AAAUUUCAUGAAUCCGUUAUUCAACCUUUUGUUCCAAUAACAUAAACCAAAGUAUAUAGAAAAUAUGGUUGUGUUAGAAUAGAACAUUUGCACUUGAAAAACUAUAAUUUAAUUUUAGUUAUAGGGAAAUAUGGUUAAAUUAUUGAGUGUUGAAACCAUAGAGAAUGCAAAGCCUAUUGUAUUGAUGAUAGUGGUCCAAUCUAUAUAUGCAGUGGUGAAUAUUAUGUUAAAGAUGGUAACAAAUGAUGGAUCAAGCUUAAGUGUUCUUAUUGCUUACAGAUUUGUCUUUUCUACUGCCUUCACUGUGCCACUUGCUCUCUUCUUUGAAAGGAGAAGUGUGCAAAACCUAACAGGAAAGGUGCUAUUCCAAGCUUUUCUUUGUGGGUUAUUUGGGGGAUCCUUGCAACAAAACCUCUAUGUUAAAUCUUUGGCCCUGGUAUCAGCAACAUAUACUAUAACCAUGUUGAACCUCAUCCCUGCCAUUACCUAUGUCAUGGCCGUUUCACUUAGAAUGGAGAAGCCAAAUCUUGGAACACCAGCUGGGAAAGCAAAGUUGAUAGGAACUUUAAGUGGAAUUGGUGGUGCCAUGAUCCUCACUUUAUACAAAGGCAAAAGAUUAUUUAACUUUUCAAUGCACAUUGACUUAUUGCAACAAUAUGUGACAUCAACACCACAUAAGUCCCCUUCUGGUUCUCAUGUUUGGGGUAUCAUGCUAGCUUUGGGCACUUCUCUUAGUUUCUCAUUAUGGUAUAUAACUCAGUCGAAGAUGGCUGUAAAUUUUCCGUGGCACUAUUCAACCGCGGCUUUAACCUCUUUAAUGGGUGCAAUUCAAUCCUUUGUAUUUGCUCUUUGUACGGAGAGAGAUCGCAGACAAUGGAAGAUCGAUUGGAAUUUGAGGCUUUUAACGGCAGCUUCUGGGGGUAUAUUGGCAUCUGGGGUGUGCUUUGUCCUAUUAGCUUGGUGUGUCCGCAUGAAAGGACCCUUGUAUGUGUCUGCUUUUAAUCCUUUAUUGCUUGUGCUUGUGGCCUUCAUUGCAUCAUUGGUACUGGAUGAGUACAUUACAGUUGGAAGUCUAACAGGAGCUACAUUGAUUGUGUGUGGAUUGUACAUGUUAUUAUGGGGCAAAAGCAAAGAAGCAAGACAAGUGGAUAAUAACAAUAAUAAUAAUAAUAUGAAUGAAAUGGUGUCUGUAAAAGACACUGAUAAAUGUGAUUCAAUUCACAUUGCCAACUCAUCUUUAACUUGCAUCCAAAAGGAUCAUGACAAGAAUACUUUAGGAGAAGUUUAACAAUUGAAUAUUUGAGGGUACCAUUACAUUCAUUAUAUAUGAUUAAAUUAAAUUAUAUACAUGUAUACUUUCUUCACAUUUGAUAUUUUUGAAUAAUAAUGGUGUAUACUUUUCCAUA